AUGAUCGUUGCGUCCAUCCCCGCCAUCCGAAGAGCAUCUUGGGAAUUGUUCUUCUACCUGCAUCAGAUCGUGAUUUUGUGUUUGCUGGUGCUGUUCAUCUACCACAGCAGCAAUUUUGUGUACUACGCGACCAUUCCGUUUGUGCUGUAUGCAGCGGACAAGCUCCUUCGCUGGUUUUCGAUCUAUUCCAAGCGUUGUUUCAUUCGGCGCAUUGAGCGCUUCGACGAUUUGCUCCGCGUCGAGGUCGAGGUCCAACAUCGUUUCCGACGCUCCUCUAACGCCUCCGACGCCUCCGAUUUGGUCGGAUCGGUCGUCUAUCUUCGCGUGCCGCGCGCGAAAUGGUUCGAAUACCACCCGAUCUCAUUAGCCUUCAAUGAGGGCAGCCGUCUCUUCUUCUACAUCAAAGUCGUCGGAAAUUCGCGCAGCUGGUCGCGUCGCCUCGCCGCCCUCGCCGGACAGACCGAUCUGCGCGCCUAUAUCGAAGGUCCCUACACGAUGACGCGGCGAAGCAGAAGCCCCGCCAAUUCUGCCGCCAAUUCUGCCGCCAUUUUGAACAAGGAAUACGGCCAGAACGUUCUCAUCGUCGCUGGUGGCGCGGGCUUCGCGGGCGUUUCGGCGCAGCUCCGCGAUUAUCUUCAGCUGGUGCGUGAUCUCCCCGCGGGACUGGAUCCAAAACCGCGGUUACUGCUGGUGUUGGUGGUUCCGCAUCAUCGCCAUCUGCAAUGCAUGGCGAGGCUGCUGGUGGAGGCGGAGCGCGUGGCGGGCGUCCGCGUGGAAUUAUUCGUGACGUACAGCGGCGACGCAGAGCGGAGAGCGGCCGCGUCGCGCGAAGCCCACGGCGAGCGAUGCGAUCUCCGCGAGAACGACGUGGAAAUCAUCGUCAGUGGAAAUAGUGGAAAUGGUGGAAAUGGUGGAAAUGGUGGAAAUGGUGGAAUGGAUGUGGAGAGCAAGCGGAGGGAGUUGGAGUUCACGGUGGGGCGGCCGGAUUUCGCGGCGCUGCUGAAGGAAGUGGGGAGCGAGCGGGUGGAAGUGUUGUACUGCGGACCGAAGGCGCUGGGAGCGACGCUGUUCGAGGCGCUGGCGGGUCGGAAGAGCCCGUUCGCGUUCCAUGCGGAAGUGUUCGAUAUGUGGGUUGUUUGA